AUGGAGAGCUUGUUAAAAUCCUUGUUCCACACCUGAUUGGAAUGACCUGCAGCUGUUGACUAUCAGCUCCAGGACAGCAGAUAUGCCGGAAAGCCACAAAAACAUCAAAGCACCUAAAUGGUGAAUUUCGGUGAUCACUGGGGUGUCGAGGUCUUAUCUGCAGUUUCCUCUGCUGGUGGAAGAUGGCAAUGAUGGCAGUUGUGGCAGCAGUCAUAAUGACCUAUGGAGUGGUGAAGAACGCUGCUGAAUUGGGACUGAAUGAUUAUCUUUCAUUGGACAUGGCUCCUAAUUCUGUCGACGACAUGUACGCUGGCUGCAAAGACAAAAUGGAGAUCAGAGUGAAGACACGAUACCUGGAGACGGAGAAAAACAAAGACAGAAAUUUCACACAGGCCUGGGCUGAAGCAGAGAGAUACUACAACCGGAAAUGGAGGAAGUGGAAAAAGGGGAAGAGACCUUCCACUGCGCUGGCUAAAGAACAAGUUAUGGCUGUUUUUGUUUAUACGCUUGACAAACCAAAAGUCUACCUUGAUUUCAACAACGCAGUCCGAACCCAGAAAUCUAAGUACAAGACCAUGUUCAGGUAUCACACUCUCCAUUUUUACCUGACCGAUGCCAUUCAAACACUCAACACUCGCAAACCGGAAGCAGAAAGAUGUCUGACCAGCUACCGCAGAGUGAACAGCUACUUCAGCAAAGAAAAUGUUCUCAAUAAGAUGAUUCGCUUUGGAUCUUUCACCUCCAGUUCUUUGGGUUGGUACCCCAGCACGAGCAGAUUUGGAGACAAGUCCUGCUUUGAGAUCUUCACAUGCCUCGGAGCAGAUGUCUCGCUGUACUCCAAACUCGGGGAGUCAGAGAGAGAGGUGCUGAUUCCUCCUUAUGAAGUGUUUAAAGUCACCAGGAUCAAGACGAGAUCCCAGGACAAGAGUCUGUCCUGUGAGACUGUCUACAAAGUGAAGAGCACAGGCAAAAGCCUUUCCAACCUCAACUGUGCUCUCUUCUGACCUCUUCAGUUCCCCAGAGAAAUGAAAUACCAACUUGGCCUAGCUUUGAACAAUUUUAGAUUUGGGUUUGCUUACAAGAACAUUUAAAUUAAUGUGACACAUUAAAUAUUAGGACAUCCAGCCAUUUCCUGCUUUAAAAUUGUGUGAAUAAUGAGAAUUUCCAUGGACAGGCAUUCAAAUAUAUUGCCAACCUACAUUUUUUUUUUUUAAUAUGCAUGUGACAUGCCACUAGUCCAACAUAAAGAAAUAAUUGAAGUCAGACAUUGCGAUUUAAUUUGACAUACUGUAUACUGUAGACCCAAUAGAUAUGAAUAUUAAUCCCUGAUUCAAAAUUGUACCCAGUCCCAUUUGGAUUUAGAUCAGAGCAUAUUUUCUACAUGGGAGAAGAGCUCUGCAACAACGAAAAGUCUGUCAUUAUCUUUGAGUAGAAAUGUCUAAGAAAAAAAAAUGCCUUGUGUGUCAGAAAGUCCUGAAAUUUGAUCAGAAAUAUGUAAGGAUUUAAAUAAAACUGCCAUCAUCAGGAAGGACCCGGGCAAAUAAACUACACGUCAACUGGUGGGAGACAGAGGAUUAGAUGAUGUGGAGAUGAACUCGUUAGGCCAUUUUCUGUUUUUUGCUCUUAUCACCAAAGAUGUCAGAGCUACAUUUUUCAACUAGAUUUCAGAUCUUAAAUAAACAAUAAAUAAAUAAGCUAAAUCUGGUGCAUUGCAAUAGGUUAAAUCUACACUGGGAAUGUAAAACUCUCGCUGUCAGAGUAAAUGAUUAGUUUCAGCCUUAUGGAUAUUAACCGCUGAGUUUUGACUUUUUUUUAUGUCAGUAGCUAAUGGUGAGGGAAAACAGCAGGAUGUCAGUACCUAUGAAAUAACUGUUGAAUAAAAAGACAAAAAGGUA